UUCACACAUCAAAGCAUCACACACACAAACACACACUUUCUCUUCUCGUCUUUGAUCUCUUCAUCUUUUCUACACAUUUAAAUGGCCAGUGCUGAUGUUGAACAAGUGACUCCAGCUGCAGCUGAGCAUGUUGAGAUCACACCACCAAAGACAGUGGAGCCUGAGGAAACCGUCACCGCCGCUGUGACUGAGUCUGUUCCAGCUCCAGUAACAGAAACUGAAGCUCCCGUCGAAGUAAAGACUAAAGAAGUGGCUGUGGAAGAAACAGUGACGGAGGAGAUCAAGAAAGAGGAAGAAGCUCCCGUCGAAGUAACAACUAAAGAUGUCCCAGUGGAAACUACAGCGGUUGUGGAGGAAGAGACCAAAGCAGAAGAAGUUGUAGAGCCUAAGAAAGAGGAAGAAGAAGAGACCAAGACGGAGGAAACUCCAGCGGUUGUGGAGGACGAGACCAAAGCAGAGGAGGUUGUUGAAGAGCCCAAGAAAGUAGAGGAAGAAGAAACCAAGACAGAGGAAACUCCAGAGGUUGUGGAGGAAGAGAAGAAGGCAGAGGCAGAGGAGGAGAAACCCACUGAAGUAGCUGCCGUGGAAUCCGCCGCAGCUCCGGUGGUUGAGAAGGCUGAUGAGUAAAUCUGAAAGAAGUACACUAUUUGCUACUUUAUAAGUAUGUUGCGUCUUUGCUUUGUUGUUCUGAGUCUGUCACUCUUGUCCCUUUUUGCAUCACCCUCUCUUUGUUCUCUUAAGUACUAUUAAUGUUUAAUAUAAUGAAAUCAUCUUUUAAAUAAAGUAAUACAAC